CAUCGAUCGAUCGUUCAUUCUUCAGUCUUCAAGAACCCUUCUUCUCAAGUUUUAAAUCUUAUCUCUCUCUUGAUUGAUUUCCACUUCAUUCUCUUUCAUCACUCAUCCCAUCUCAAAUCAACUUCACUCUAACUAGAUUCAAAGACGAUGGAACCACCUAAAGUAGCUGUCACUGAUGCUAAUGGCGGAUUAGCUGCUCCAGGUGCUAAUAUCCAAGCUCAUUCAGGAAAACGGAUGAGAGGUCAUUCUCAGAUGGAUUUCAAAUCGGCUACUACAGGAGUAGCAGCAAAAGCAAUGAGGAACGAAUUGACAAGCUUGGCGUCUGGUGUAGAUGAUUUGAAUUAUCGAAAAGCAUUUGAGGCAGAGAUGCAAGGGUUCUUUUUACUCUUCAAUAGAUACUUGCAAGAAAAAGCUAGGAACGUCCCGCUACAUUGGGAUCGAAUUCAUCCUCCUGCAAAGGAACAAGUGGUGUCUUACGCCGAUCUUCCUGAGGCCACAAAUCAUGCGAUCUUAGACAAACUUGCAGUCUUGAAAUUGAAUGGUGGGCUGGGUACCACCAUGGGAUGUGUGGGGCCUAAGUCUGCGAUCGAGGUACGGGACGGAAUGACGUUCUUGGAUCUUUCGGUGCGACAAAUCGAACACCUCAACUCGGCACACGGUGUCAAUGUUCCCUUUAUCUUGAUGAACAGUUUCAACACUGAUGAAGAUACGGCUCGGAUCAUUCAAAAAUAUGCUAAUCAUAACAUUGAAAUCAUGACUUUCAAUCAAUCUCGCUACCCUCGUGUCAACCGGGAAAGUUUAUUACCUGCACCACGCACUGCUACUGGUGACAAAUCUGCCUGGUAUCCUCCUGGACAUGGUGAUUUGUAUGACGCGAUCACCAACUCGGGCUUGCUAGACAAGCUUCUUGCAGCUGGAAAGGAAUACAUCUUUGUUUCUAACUCUGACAAUCUAGGAGCGGUCUUAGAUACAAAGAUUAUGCAACAUAUGAUUGAUAGUCAAGCUGAGUUCAUCAUGGAGGUCACUGAUAAGACCAAGGCUGAUGUGAAGGGAGGAACGUUGAUUGACUAUGAUGGAAAAGUCAGAUUGUUGGAAAUAGCUCAGGUUCCUAAUGAUCAUGUCGAAGAUUUCAAGUCUGUCCGUAAAUUUAAGAUCUUCAACACUAACAAUUUAUGGGUCAAUCUCAAGGCCUUGAAGAACGUGAUGGAAAAUGAUGGCAUGGAGCUAGACAUCAUUGUCAAUAACAAGGUGGCUGACAAUGGUGAAGCGGUGAUUCAAUUAGAAACCGCUGCUGGUGCGGCCAUCCAGCAUUUCAAAAAUGCCCAUGGAGUCAAUGUACCUCGAAGCCGUUUCUUACCUGUCAAGAGUUGCUCAGAUCUCUUACUCGUCACUAGCGAUCUCUAUCAACUUGAACAUGGUAGAUUGGUGAUGAAUGAAGCUAGGAUGUUCCAGUCCACACCCGUCGUUAAGUUGGGUGAUCACUUCAAAAAGGUAGCAGCUUACCAAGCUCGUUUCAAGAGUAUUCCUAGCAUGCUCGAACUUGAUCAUCUCACAGUGAGUGGAGAUGUCAAGUUUGGGCGCAAGGUUACCCUUCGAGGCACAGUUAUCAUUGUUGCCAACGAAGGCAAUCGGAUCGAGAUCCCAGAUGGAACGAUCCUCGAGAAUAAACUCCUGACUGGCAACUUGUCAAUCAUCGAUCAUUAAAAAAUGGUAUUCGGUCUAACCAGGCUUUGUACUUCACAUGCACUUCAGUUUCCGCUUUUUCAGAGUACACUAAAAUACACUUUGUGCUGCUUUAUUUCGCUUUUUUUCUUAUCUUUAUUUGACUUAUUUGAUUUUUCAUCUUUUUUCCAAGAAGAAAACCUCCAAAGCUGAUGUCUCCAAGGGCGGCUUUUUCGGGAGAUGUUGUAAGCGUAUUGUUUUUGUGCGGGCGAUGAUUUGAUGAGUCGAGAGUGAUGAUUUGAAAUGUGAUGGACGCUUCUGUUGCGCAAAACGAAACCUGAUCGAGGAUGUCUUGUUGGAGAUGAAUUGUUUUCUUUCUUAGCCGUCAUAGCAGUUGUACUUGAGGCCUGCCGAUUGAUCGAGAAAAAGAACACAAGAGUCAUGUUGGUUGGUGUAAGGAUGAAAGGGAAUGCUACCAUGCUUAGUU